UGACAUAUUGUAAUGCUUAUUGAUAUGAUUUGUAAAGUUCAUUGAGGUUUUUUGAAACAUGGUUAAAAUACAAUGUUUAGAGAAAAUUGUUGAUUAUAAAUUGUUUAUAUUGUGUUUAAAAAUGAAAAGCUUUUCUGUAUGUAAUGUUACUUUAAUAAUGCGUAAUGCGUCACAUGACUAAGAGAGGGAGUGAAGAACUGUGGGUCAGAGAGCAAUGGAUGCGAACAGGUCGUAACACGUGCGGCUCCUUCAAAAUGUAUAAUCUCUGCAUAUGGUCCUAAAGGCGCACACGUUUUCACGGUGUCUUUCUUAGACCGUGACAUCUUCGGAUCGACACAGGAAAGAGAGAGCAAAAUAAAAGUCUAAAAGACAUCUGUAUGAUUCGUGGCCGUGAUUUAUUGGAUCAGUGCAGUUACAGUGAAAACGUACCGUCGAAGUCGACGAGAGUACAGAGUAAAGAAAGACGCCAUAAGAGAAAAGACGAUAUCGCUGGUGUAGGCGGAGCUUCGGUUUGCUGAUCGACAGAUGACCGGGAGUGUUGGUUUCUGGCAUCUUUAGAGAUAUCGCGUCUUACCAGGAGAGGGCGUGAAUUACCUGUGUUGACAACAUCGCCGCAAAUCUUCGGCAAAAUCUUCAGAGUUCAGCGUUACUGUGUGACGUUACUCAAUACCGGAAGAAGAGUGCGACCAUACAAACAUCAGGUUUGACUGUUAACUUUAAAAUUUCUGGACAUUUAAAAGGACUUUGAUAAAAGGGAAACGUUUCAUUGAAAUAUAAUUGUGUUUAUUUGAUUAUCAUUACAUUUACACUUUCUAUUAUUAUCUACAUCGUACAAUUCAACUGUUGUUAAUGUUCUUGCUCUGUUAUAUGAUCUGAGUUCUUAAAUGGUAUUUUAAGUGUUACUGGGAUUUUUCAGUUAUCACUGUCUUGGUCUCAAAGAGUAUAUAAAGUAGAGCUAAAAAAUAAUUAAACAAGAAGAAGAUAAAGUGCCAGGCACAAUGUCAAAUAAUGAAAGGUUGUUGCAAGGUGAGCAAAUGGAGACCAGUCAGACAGAGUUAGAAACAAUACAAGAAGUAGAGAAAGGUUCUACUUCUGCCCCUUCUAAAAAAGAACCAAGAAAGUCUUCAAGGGAAAGAAAACUAACUGAAAAAAUGCUGGAGCUUAAGCAGCAAGAAAUUUCUCAAAAGGAGAUUAAGUGGAUCAAGCUUUAUGAAAGUUGGAAAGAUCAAGCGAAAGAUACACGUGUCAAAAUAAAGGAUGAGUGUUCUGAGGAAGACUUAAGUAAAAUGAUGGAUGCCGUAGAAGGACUGGAGACACAAGUAAAAGAAAUGUAUGAAACCAUUCGUUCUCAAACAGCACCUUCUACCGAAAUUAGAAGGAAGAUGGAUUCCUGUACAGCAGUAACAGCAGACCUAAUGAGGCUACUGAAAGUACGUAUGUGUGAAGUCGGGUUAGAGGAAUUUGAUGCUACAGGAGAAAAUGCAAGAAUUCACAUGGUGCUGGAUAAAGAGUACGCCAACUCAAUAUUUGGAAGUACAAAAUCAAAACACACUGUCCAAAGUAGCCAUUCAAAAUGUUCGUCCGAAAACCUAAGCAUCGCAGCAAAAAGAGCAGAAUGUGCAGCACAACUCGCAGCAAAACAGGCUGAAAUUAAGAUGGAAGAAGCUAUAGCUGCACAAAAACAGGAGCUAAAGAGACUGGAAAACCAAAGAGAUCUACAAGUAAUAGCCGCAAAGCUUAAAGCAUACUCUGAAGCUGAUUCUAGUGACGAAAGUAGAACCACAGGUAGUGAAGUGGCCAAUAGUCCCAUUUAUUCUCCUAAAGAAAUGAAAAAGGAACAGACAUUCAUUAACAUUGACAAAGUGCAACCAAAUCAAUCUAACGAUGAUGGAUCAUUAGCACAAGCCUUGCAUGACGCAAUGGUUCUUACCAGACUACCAGCACCCGAACCCUCAGUCUUUACAGGCGAUCCACUUACAUUCUUAGAGUGGAGUUCAAGUUUUAAAGCUUUGAUUGAAAGACGAUGCACAAAUCCAGUUGAUAGGUUAUUCUAUCUAAAGAAAUACAUCAGUGGUGAAGCAAAAUGUGUACUGGAGGGAAGCUUUUUCCGAAAGGAUGAUAAAGCCUAUGAACAGGCAUGGGAGCUAUUGAACUCUAGAUAUGGUCAUCCCUUUGUAAUACAGCGGGCAUUUAGAGAAAAACUAAAUAACUGGCCCAAGAUUAGUUCUAGGGAGUCAGUUAAAUUGAGACAAUUUAGUGAUUUCCUGAUAUCCUGCAACAAUGCUAUGCCACACAUCAAAGGACUUCAGGUGUUAAAUGACUGUGAAGAGAAUCAGAGAAUGGUACAAAAACUCCCUGAUUGGGUAACCUCUCAAUGGAACCGUUAUGUCACAAAGCACUUAAGAGAAACGGAGGAAUACCCUAAGUUCAAUGAGUUUGCUGAAUUUGUGGCCCGUGAGGCAGAAGUGGCAUGCAACCCUGUAACUUCCUUUAAUGCCUUGAAGUCAACAGAAGAAAGGCCCAUCAGAGACGUAAAGCGCCAAAGGGCCAACGCGUUUAUAACAAAUGUAAAGGCACCUGAUAAGUUCUGUACAGUGAUGAGGUCGAACAGUGCCGGUGAAAAUCAACCAAAGGAAUCAAAUAAAGUAAAUGUCACAUCGCCAUUUUCAGAGCCAGUUCCAUGCCUGUGUUGUGGAGACAGCCACUCCAUCCACAAAUGUCAGACGUUUGCCAAUAAGCCAGUGGAAGAGAAGAAAAGGCUUAUAUUUGAUAACAAUCUCUGCUUUGGGUGUCUUAGACGAGGACAUAAUUCGAGAGAGUGUAGAAGCAAGGCAAUUUGUAGCAUUUGUAAGAAACGUCAUCCAACCCCACUUCAUGAAGAACGCUCUUCUGCUGCAGCAGACACAUCCUCUCAUGCUAUCGAAACAGAAGAAACAACUUCUUCCCUUUCUUGCUCUGUUGACAGAGGUUGUGGUGGGAGUACAUCCAUGAUAGUUCCUGUGUGGAUUUCUUCAUCUACAAAUCCAGAAAAACAGAUCCUGGUGUAUGCCUUACUGGAUACCCAAAGCAGCAACACCUUUGUAGACAAAGAAGUAUGUGAAGAGAUAGGUGCGAGUCUAGAGCCAGUUAAGUUAAAGCUUACCACAAUGAUGGGAAAAGAUUCCAUUAUUCAGAGUGAGAGAGUCAAUGGGCUUCGAGUUAAAGGGCUUCUCUCUCAAAGUCUUGUCAACUUGCCACCCGCCUAUACCAGAGAUUUCAUUCCUCUUGAACGUUCCCACAUACCUACCUCUCAGACUGCAAAAAGGUGGAAUCAUCUAAACAGUAUAGUGCAGGAAAUGCCAAAGCUGAUGGAUUGCAAAGUCGGACUGUUGAUAGGUUACGACUGCUCAAGAGCACUGGCACCACGACAAGUCAUCACAGGAGGUGAAGAUGAGCCCUAUGCCAUUAAGACAGAUUUAGGUUGGAGUAUUGUCGGUAGCUCACCAAAGGUUGCAAAGUCUACAGAAGUAAUAGGUCUGUGCCAUCGCGUACACGUCAAGGAAGUUCCACCAUUGACACCAGCCACCAUCAUCAGAGCUCUUGAAUCAGACUUCAAGGAUACCAACCCUGGAGAAAGGAGCAUGUCACAAGAUGACAUACAAUUCAUGCAACUAUUAAAUGAGAAAACAAACUACAAUGCGGAUGGUCACUUGGAAAUGCCCCUACCCUUUAGGACACGCCCACACCUGCCAGAAAAUAAGCGGUUGGCUUUGGCACGGCUGAAGCGGUUAAAAGGGAAGCUUGAGAAAAAUCCAAAGUUCAAGGAAGACUAUGUCAAAUUCAUGGGAGGUGUUUUCAAGGAUGGUGAUGCUGAGAGAGCUGAACAACAAUCUGAAACAGGAAAUGUGUGGUAUAUCCCUCACCAAGGUGUUUACCACCCUAAAAAGCCAAACAAAAUUAGGGUAGUGUUCGACUGUUCAGCCAAGUAUGAUGGCACUGCACUAAAUGAUCAUCUGCUCGUUGGACCAGAUCUUACAAAUGGACUGACUGGAGUGCUCUGCAGGUUUCGCAAAUACCCUAUAGCAGUCAUCUGUGAUGUGGAGAAGAUGUUCCACAGGUUCCAUGUAAGCCAGGAGGACAGAGAUUAUUUACGUUUCUUGUGGUGGGAGAACGGGGAUACGAAUUCUGAGCCAAAGGAAUAUCGUAUGAAAGUCCAUCUAUUUGGAGCGGCAUCCUCACCUGGCUGCGCAAAUUAUGGAAUGAAGCAUCUUGCAAACCAAAAUGAGAAAGACUAUCCUGCAGCAGCCAACUUCAUAAGGAAAAAUUUCUAUGUUGACGAUGGCCUCGUCAGUGUUGAAGAUGUGGACACUGCCAUAAACCUAGUGAGAGAAGCACAAACUGUGUGUGCCAAAGGAAGACUGCAUCUUCAUAAAUUCAUCUCCAAUAACAGAGAAGUUUUGGAGUCAAUACCUGACAAUGAACGAGCAACUGAAAUGCAUGACGUGGAUCUCAGGCAUGAUGACCUUCCAGUCCAAACUGUGUUAGGAGUGAAGUGGAGUGCAAAUAGUGACACCUUCUCAUUUAAAGUUAUUUUGGAUGAGAAACCAGCAACGAGGCGGGGAAUUCUCUCAACUAUAGCUUCUGUGUUUGACCCACUGGGCUUUCUAGCUCCUUUCCUCCUCCUGGGAAAGAAAAUACUACAGGACAUGUGCCGAAAGGGCAUUGAAUGGGAUGAACCACUGCCAGAAGAAUUAAAGCCACGAUGGGAAAGCUGGCUAAAUGAUCUAAAGAAUCUGCAGGGUCUUCAGAUUCCAAGAUGCAUCACAUCUGGAAAAAUGGAAACGACCCAGAGAAUUGAACUUCAUCAUUUUUCCGAUGCGAGUAGUCAAGGGUAUGGUCAGUGCUCAUACAUACGAUUGCUGAGUGAAGACAAAGUACACUGCUCUUUAGUCAUUGGGAAAGCAAGGGUUGCACCCACUAAAGUUGUGACAAUACCCAGGCUUGAGUUAUCAGCUGCAGUAGUUUCUUCAGCAGUCAGCAGUAUGUUAAGGGAAGAGCUAGAACUCAAAAUCGACCAAGAAUAUUUUUGGACAGACUCAAAAGUAGUCUUGGGCUAUAUCAAUAAUGAAGCUAGAAGGUUCCACGUUUUUGUAGCCAAUAGAGUUCAAAGAAUCAGAGAAACAUCAGACCCCGCACAGUGGUACUACGUUGAUAGUGACAGUAAUCCAGCAGACCAUGCCUCCAGAGGCCUCAGUGUGUCAGAGUUGAUCAGUUCAAAUUGGUUUACUGGACCCAAGUUUUUGUGGGAAAGAGAGAUUGUCACGUCGGAGUCAGAUCCAGAGCUCUUGGUGGGUGAUCCUGAAGUAAAAGUGACACAGGUACUACAAACCAAGCUAGAAAAGGAAGAACAAUUUUUGGACAGAUUCAGUCGGUUCUCAAAAUGGCAUACAGCAUUGAAAGUGGUCGCUCGAAUCCAGCAACUAGCUAAAGGAAACAAAUUCCCAAAGCCCAUAAAUGUCGAGGACUUAAAGAAAGCAGGUGUCGCGCUUAUAAAAUUGGCACAAAAGGAUGCAUUCGAAAAAGAAAUGGAAACACUAAGUCAUGGCAAACUUCCAAAUAACAAUCAAUUUUUCCAGCUUGAUCCAGUGCUGCACGAUGGCGUUCUCAGAGUAGGGGGGCGUUUAACCAAAGCUUCCUCACCUUUGGACUUGAAGCAUCCAAUAAUCCUGCCAAAGAAUGGUUCGGUGACACGUCUAAUUUUGGGUCACUGCCAUGAGAAAACUCAACACCAAGGCAGAGGGCAAACCCUUAACGAACUGAGAGCUAACGGUUACUGGAUUGUUGGUGGCAGUAAAGUUGUAGCUAACUACAUUAAGCAGUGCGUUACAUGCAGAAGAGCUCGCAGGCCAACAGAAACACAGAAGAUGGCAGACCUACCUGCUAACCGUGUUGAUCCCUCGCCACCGUUUUCCUACUGUGGCAUGGAUUGUUUCGGGCCAUUUCACACCAAGCAAGGCCGUAAAGAGUACAAGAGAUAUGGCCUCAUAUUCACCUGUCUCUCUUCUAGAGCAAUUCAUGUGGAAAUGCUGGAAGACCUUACUACUGAUGCUUUCAUAAAUGCUCUGCGGAGUUUUAUAGCAAUCCGUGGUGCUGUAAGAGAAAUCCGGUCAGAUCAAGGCACAAAUUUCAUUGGGGCAAAGAAUGAACUGACGAAGGCACUUAACGAGUUGGACAAAGAGAGACUAACUGCAUACUUAGCCCAAAAACAAUGUGACUUUACAUUCAAUGUACCUGAUGCCAGCCACAUGGGGGGUAUUUGGGAAAGGCAGAUCAGAACAAUUAGGAGUGUCUUAAAUUGGGUCCUCUCUCAAAGUGCUGGCAGAUUAGAUGAUGCUUCCUUAAGAACCUUCCUUUAUGAAGCCAUGUCUAUCAUAAAUUGCCGUCCACUCACCACUGAUACCAUUAAUGACCCAAAGAGCCUAGAGCCUCUUACCCCAAACCACUUGCUCACCAUGAAAGCUUCUGUACCGCUGCCACCACCAGGAAAAUUUGAAGCAGAAGACCUUUAUUCCAAAAAAAGGUGGCGUAGAGUCCAGUACUUGACAGAGCAAUUCUGGGGUAGAUGGAAAAGGGAGUACUUGGCAAACAUAGCACUCAGACAGCGCUGGCAUUCCGCAAAACGAAAUGUAAAAAUCGGAGAUGUUGUCAUUCUCCAAGAGGACGCACUUCCACGCAAUGGCUGGAGACUAGGAAGAGUGCUUGAUGUUCGUACAGAUGAAGAUGGAUUGGUGCGAAAGGUCACAAUUCAAUUAGGCGAUAGAAAGGCGAGUAAAGAGGGCAAAAGCAAAAACAAUAAUUUUUCUAUUCUUGAACGUCCAAUUCAUAAAUUGGUUGUGCUUGUAGAAAACAACUAAAUUUGUGUGGUAAUCUCUAAAUGCAAUAAUGCAUGGAAUUUGAAGUACUCAUUUAACAUGAACAUGGAUAAGUAAAAACACAAUUUGUUCUGAUGUUUGAUUUUGAAAAUUACUGGAUUUAUUCAAACAUUUAUUGAAGUUCAUCAUAAAUCAUAGUAAUUUGAUGGGAGUGUAAAUGUCCGAUGACAUAUUGUAAUGCUUAUUGAUAUGAUUUGUAAAGUUCAUUGAGGUUUUUUGAAACAUGGUUAAAAUACAAUGUUUAGAGAAAAUUGUUGAUUAUAAAUUGUUUAUAUUGUGUUUAAAAAUGAAAAGCUUUUCUGUAUGUAAUGUUACUUUAAUAAUGCGUAAUGCGUCACAUGACUAAGAGAGGGAGUGAAGAACUGUGGGUCAGAGAGCAAUGGAUGCGAACAGGUCGUAACACGUGCGGCUCCUUCAAAAUGUAUAAUCUCUGCAUAUGGUCCUAAAGGCGCACACGGUAUUUGUUUAUAUUUGUUGCAUGUUAUAAUUUUUAUGUUUGAGUUUAUGUGCUUUAAUGUGUGUAAUGUAACGUGUUCUGUAUUGUAACAAUGAGGCAAGUUGGACUAUUUGUUAUGGGAUUCUGUUGUAAAAGAGGUGUGUUUAAGUUGUAUAUGUCUUUUAUUUGUAGUUUUCACGGUGUCUUUCUUAGACCGUGACAUCUUCGGAUCGACACAGGAAAGAGAGAGCAAAAUAAAAGUCUAAAAGACAUCUG